ACCGUAAGUCAGUAAAUGAGUGAAAACACCCGACUAUGAACCGAACCAAAGCGUAGUCAUCGUCGCUCUGACGCUCAGGUUGCUCACCCUCUCAAGAAAAAUACAUUUGACGAAGAUGAGGUCAACUACAAUGGUGGCUGAAGCAGUAUGGAAGAACAUCGAGUCUAACCAUUCAGUGACUGAUGAUCAACUGGGAGUGUUGAAUUUUUUGUUCGGGAAGAAUUUUGAGCGGGCUACAAGGAUUGUGGAUCAACAAGGUGUCAAAAGACUCUCUGGCGAACCCAGUGGCCGCUCCAUUUUUCAGGUUGUUGGAGAAUCGCGGAAGAGAGAAGAAUAUUUAUGUUUUGCUGAGAACUACUGUGGAUGCUACUCAUUUUUCUAUGAUAUAGUGAAUAGAGGGGAGCAACUUUGUUGUAAGCACCAGUUGGCUGCGAGAUUAGCUGAGUCUUUAGGAGCGUGUAUAGAAGUCAAGUUAUCUGAUGAAGAGCUUGCAAUGUUGCUAUCAAAACUGUGACAGCAGAAGUUGUUAAUCGGAGAUGGGAACGCUGGAGCAGGUCAUUGUGUGUCUCCUGGGUAGUUAGUACUUAAGGUAAUGUUUUCAUUUUUUCAGUUGUGUGGUGGAUUCUGGAGACUAUAGGAGGCAAUCAGACCUAGUUACUUGCGGCCCUGCAAUCCAGUAUGCUCCCUUAUGGAAUGUGCGACUGAGCAGUGUGCCUAUAUAUUUGCUAAAUCGUACGGGGUUUCCUGUUCACAAUCCUAAACAUAAUAUGCAUUUGCAUUGUUAUUGAACUGCUCAAUUGAUUAGUCUUCAGGGGCUCAUAUCAUGGAAAUAUGAGUUUUAAAGGUCUGUUUUUCAUCAACUUAGCUCGUAAAACUGUUCCUACCAUCAUCAUCGUCUGCAACAGAGUUAUUUACUUUGGGGUACAUAUGUAUGAUCAGUGUUCAGUAACUUGCAUAAGUAUCAAUAUACAUAUUUCCCGAGUGGUGGAGAUUACAAUAAUGACUACAGACACGGUCGUGGAACUGUUUGAUCAGUAUUUGGUGAAGAAGAACCAACAGGCAACAGCUAGGUCUUCAGUUUCACAGCCUACAGUUGCAUACUCAGAUUACUCCCAUUACUGUUGAAUCUAGAGGGUAUUUAGAGGGACAGAUCCACUACCGAGUACCGAGCGCAAGUCAUCAUAGAAAGGCGAAACCAUUUGAUGCGGGAAAUAGUUCAACAUAUGCACAAGUACCAGAACUAGUAAAGGUGUAGAGGAGGGUGUAGUCCAGAGUUCCAGACCUACCAGUGUACCUCUGACAGUGUAAAUAAAGACAUCUAUUAUCGUUACAGAAAUACAUUGUUCGUCCAAGAGGGAGAUUUUCAUUACCAUUUACCAAACAAAAUGUAUGAACAAUGACAGUAGAGAGAGUUGAUACAGGGAUAUAGUAAAGAUAGCCAAAUCUAUCUAUCUAUCUAUCUAUCUUCUAUAAUAAUAAUAAUAAUUAAUUAAUAAUAAUUAACUAUUACUUUAA